AUGUCAAUUAGUUAUCUUGACCAACUUUCAACGAUCAGAGCAUUUUCAUCAAUAGUUUUCUUCAUCUGGUAUGUAAUAGUUUUGGGAGUUGCCUGCAACGGAUUUAUUGAGAUCUUGAGAAAGUUCAAAGUUUCGCCCUCCGAGAAGCCCGAAGAGGAAGAGAUCGAAGGUGUUACAAUAAUUAGACCGAUCAAAGGAAUUGAUCCCGAGUUUGAUUCUUGCCUUGAAAGUUCUUUUCUUCAAAACUACCCUAAGGAGAAGUUGCAAAUAUUACUAUGUGUAGAUGAUCCGAAGGAUGCAUCUAUUCCGAUAAUAGAGAAAUUGAUGGAAAGGUAUUCUGAUAUUGAUUCUAAAAUCUUGAUAAGUGAAGGAUAUGAUUCUGUAAAGAACACUUCCCAGGAUCACUUUGGCCCCAAUCCCAAAGUUAACAACUUGGCAAAAGGUUUUUUAAAUGCAAAGCAUGACAUUCUUUGGAUAAUGGAUGUCAAUGUUUGGGCGGGUCCGAACACUUUGAGGAACUCAGUGAAAGCAUUAAAUGGUAACUGCAAUAAUGGUCGGAAGUUGAUGGGUAAGAGAAAAGUAAAACUAGUCCAUCAUGUUCCAAUUGCAUUGAGUAUAAGCUCUAACAAUAUCACGGACUCGGAGUAUAUUUUAAGUCCUACAUCAUCUUCUUGCUUAAAUGAUAAAACGCCUAAAAAGAGGUUCUUAAAAAAACUUGGUGCCAGAUUAGACGAAAUGUUCCUUUUGACUUCCCAUUCCAAGUUUUAUGUGUCACUCAACAACUUAGCAAUUGCUCCAUGUGUAAAUGGUAAAUCGAACAUUUAUCGCAAAUCUGACUUAGAUAAAGCGGUCGCUUUAAUACCACACAAAAAAUCUGCAUUCUUCAAUACUGCAUCAGUUAUCAGCGCAGCCAAGAUGUACUCGGCUGAAGGACCCGGAAGCUCUAUCAAAUUAUUCGCUAGGUACAUUGGCGAAGAUAAUAUGAUUGCAAUCGCAUUAUGGGAGAACUUACUUGGUAGAACUGCGCAGACUGGAGAUAUUGUUAUACAACCGCUAAGCGGAUCUGACAAUGGCAUCAAUGACUAUAUACAGCGUAGAGUUAGGUGGCUCAGAGUAAGAAAGUUUAUGGUUUUUGCUGCCACCUUAGUUGAGCCAACAACAGAGUCAAUAAUAUGUGGAAUAUAUGGAACGUAUGCAAUUUCGACACUUUUUUUUAAGAAGUGGUUUAUAUGGAAGCUAUUUAUCUUCCAUUUGCUUGCGUGGAUAUUGGUGGAUUUUACACAGUAUCAUUGUUUGUUAAAUAGUAUUUCAAAAUUCCAGAAAUGUCCUAAGUGGCUCGAUUAUAAGACUCUUCCCCCCUUUCAAAGAUCUGCUCUUCAGUGGUCUUAUAUUUGGUGCAUGCGUGAAAUCUUAGCAUUGCCCAUUUGGCUCAUGGCUAUGGCUGGUCAUAAAAUACUCUGGCGUGGGAGACCCUUCAAAAUAAAAAAAGAUCUCACAGCUGAAGAUUAUGACGGUACCUGA